AUGAGUAAACUCUUGGCCAAUACCCUCGGGCUCGGAACGGUCGGCAUUGCCUCGUACCUCUGGGGCCGCUCGUCGGCGCCGGUGAUUGUGGAGCCUCCUACAGACCCCAAAGGCACUGGCAUGAUACGUAGUUCUGGAAACACUUCACAGGUCUUUGAUCCCGCCCGCAUCCGGCCAGAAGAUUUCUACAAGUACGGAUUCCCGGGUCCCAUCCACGAUCUCGCAAAACACCAGGAAUUCAUUUCGUGCUACGACAGAACCACACGCAACCCAUACUGGGUCAUCGAACACAUCACCAAGGAGUCGCUACGCAGAGCCGAGGGCGUGGACCGCAAGCGGUCGAUUUUCAAGGAGGACGAGUCUAUUCCGUUGAAAUUCCGUGCCCGUUUGAGAGACUACUUCCGUUCGGGAUAUGACCGUGGCCACAACGCACCCGCUGCAGAUGCAAAGUAUAGCCAGACCGCCAUGGACGAGACGUUUUUGUUGACCAACAUGUCGCCGCAAGUGGGCGAGGGCUUCAACAGAGACUACUGGGCCCACUUGGAGGAUUUCUGUCGCAGACUCACGCAAAACUACGACAAUGUGCGGGUGAUGACCGGUCCUCUUUACUUGCCCAAGGAAUGCGACGACGGGAAGUAUCGAGUGAUGUACGAGAUGGUCGGGUCGCCGCCCAACAUUGCUGUGCCCACGCAUUUCUUCAAGCUCGUGGUGGGCGAGAACAUCAGCAACGAAAAAAUCUCCGUGGCGGCGUUUGUGUUGCCCAAUGAUGUGAUCAGUAACGACACUCCGUUGACGACGUUCCAGGUUCCGGUCGAGGCAUUAGAGCGGAGCUCUGGCAUGGAGUUGUUGCAGAAGAUCCCGUACUUUAACAAGAAGGAUCUUUGCAAGGAGGUGAAGUGUGAGAUUAUUGUGAGAGAGUUUCCCAAGCAGAUGAAUGCUAAUUUGAUCGAGGGAAAGCGCUAA